AAUAUUUGUUACUUGUCCCAUCACGUGUUUGUUUGUUGUCUAUGUAAUGUAAUCUUUGUGAUGUAAUCUUAUUGAGAUAGCCUCUCGUUCAACUAUCACCAUCCAUCGCAGAAGACAGAUACCUUUUCUUCUCUUUCUUCUGUUUGAGCUUUGGGAUCCAUCAAUCAACGAUGGCGACCGACGAGCCCUCUCCCUCUCGCUGGAGCUUUCUGUUUGGGAGGAAGAAGCUGUCUGAAGAACAACAAGAAGAUGGACCAUCCAACACCAAGGAAGAACCUUCCCAAGUCGUCACCAAUCCAGUUCAGGAGGAGGGUAACACUGGCUUGGCCAAUGGGAUUCGAGAGAAGCCGAAGAAGUCAAUGUUUCCACCUUUUGAAUCAGCAGAAACUCGUGCUCUGGCGGAGAGUUUGAGCAGGGAUAUCAUACGUGGGAAUCCAAAUGUCAAGUGGGAAAGCAUCAAGGGCUUAGAGAACGCUAAAAGGUUGCUCAAAGAAGCUGUUGUCAUGCCUAUCAAAUACCCCUCCUACUUUAAUGGUCUACUAUCUCCAUGGAAAGGGAUUCUUCUCUUUGGUCCACCUGGUACUGGAAAGACUAUGCUUGCAAAGGCUGUUGCUACAGAGUGUAACACAACAUUCUUCAAUAUCUCAGCCUCAUCUGUUGUUAGCAAAUGGAGAGGUGAUUCUGAGAAGUUGAUAAGAGUGCUGUUUGAUCUAGCUAAGCAUCACGCACCUUCGACUAUAUUUCUUGAUGAAAUCGACGCAAUCAUAAGCCAACGUGGUGGUGAAGGACGUAGUGAACAUGAAGCAAGCAGGCGUCUCAAAACUGAGUUGCUCAUUCAGAUGGAUGGGUUACAGAAAACAAAUGAGCUUGUAUUUGUUUUAGCAGCAACAAAUCUCCCAUGGGAACUAGAUGCAGCUAUGCUCCGCCGACUAGAGAAAAGAAUUCUUGUACCUUUACCGGAUCCGGAAGCAAGAAGAGGCAUGUUCGAGAUGCUCUUGCCUUCACAACCGGGAGAUGAGCCAUUGCCUCAUGAUGUGCUGGUUGAGAAAUCAGAGGGAUACUCUGGUUCGGAUAUUCGGAUACUUUGUAAGGAAGCUGCCAUGCAGCCAUUGAGACGCACAUUGGCUGUAUUGGAAGACACAGAAGAUAUUGUGCCUGAAGAUGAGUUGCCAAAAGUGGGAGCUAUACUACCAGAAGAUAUUGAUAGAGCGCUGAGUAACACUCGACCAUCGGCUCAUCUGCACGCCCAUCUCUACGACAAGUUCAACGAUGAUUACGGUAGCCAUAUCCUUAAAUAACUUGGAUGAAACAUUACAAGUCAUCUAGUACUUGCAUCCAUCAUUAUUUGUAAUGGAAGCCUCUCAGUGACUUUAUCUCAGUUAUUAUUACUUCCAUUUUCUUGGACCACUUUAUUGUUUUAUUAAAUAAAAACUAUAUAACUAUCAGCGUC